AUGUUGUUCGCCUUUAUCGGUCUCGUGGCAACCUUGACAAUUUGGAGCUCUAUAGCUUCAUUGCCACUGACCGCCGUCACCCCUCGGGAUGGCUUCGGCAGACGGUUGGCUGGGUCCAUUACGGCCAGCUUAGUGACCAUCGGCGCCUACGAGGUCACGAAAGAGGUAGUCACCACUGCCAACAAAACCAGUGACUACCUUUACCGUUAUCUGGAGACAGAAGACCUUCCUGUAGAGGUAUUGCCACCUCUACCCGAUUCUGUCUCUAGCCGCCUCCCGACGUUCGAACUAUGGCUCGCAGUCCCUCCGGCCAAACUCGCGUUUCUUCACGAGCUCCGAAAUGCAGUAGAGAAACACGACACUCUCAACGAACGCACGUUAUGGUACUUGCUAAAUACCCUACCAUCUCGUUGCUCGAGUGCUGCCGUCCCUGUCCCAGGUACAACCCAAACCCACCGCGCUGACAGUCUCUCGCCCGCCAAUUCACUCGAUUUUCUGACAGUCGGUGCCUACCUGGGACUGAUCCUCGCGUCAUUGGCCAUUGGCCGAUGUUUAGGAACCCGUUACCUCGUUCCCGCGAGAGACGACGACAGUUUGGCCCUCCUCCCCGCUGGAGCACCACCGGCUCUGCCACACCGGGUGGUAACCGGCCUCCAAUGGGAAGUGAGAACGGAGCUCGUAAAUGGCUUACCUCUGAUGUGGGCUUCCCAACCCUACAUCAGCUCUGAGCUGUUUUACUGGAUUGCUGAGACGGAGAACGUCCACUUACCAACACCGCAACCCGAUUACACCACCAAACGGCAGACUGAGACCCGUCCUGGGCCUCAGCAACAGGCGUUAGUCCUCAGACGCCUGGACAAUAUUUCGCCGUUCGUCUUGAUUCAAAUCGUUCGACUCCUCGUAUCUGCCCUCGAGGCCUGGACCCCCGACUCUUCCGAGCCGGGGUCUCAACCACGCCUCGACCCUGCAGAACCUCUACGGGAACCCAAGAAAAAGAAGCGUAACCGACCUGGCCAAAAACAACGUCGACGCCAAUGGAUAAGAGACAUGUACGCCACGCAAGCCAAGGCCAUACAGGAGGCAGAGGGGAAGUCACAGUCGUAA